UUCAAUAAAAGACAUAUAGCCAGAGAGAAAUAAACUAAGUCACUUCUAAAAUGGCAGUUAGGGUUUAUUACAAGCCACUCCUCCUGGCACUUCUUCUCAUCAUCUUAAUUUAUUCUCCUGCUCAAGCACGAAACACAGGAGAAAUCGUGAGGAAUAGAAAGCUAUUGGCUGUGGAGAAGGAGCAGGAGACUCAGAACUCAAGGCAAGACGGAGGAAGUGAUGGUUAUGGAUUGGUGGAUAUGGAUUAUAAUAGUGCGAACAAGAAAAGACCGAUACACAACCGCUAAUUAAUAAACACGUGAUGAAUUUAUCAAUUUCUUGUGAGAUAUCCCAAGAUUCUAUGAUAUCCCGAGAUUGAUAUAAUAUAUUCAACAGAAAUUACUAUCAAGUAUUGGGAACUAAAAUAUUUUAUGAAUAAAAAUUAUAAAAUAUUAAUAAUCGAGUUUGUAUACAUGUAGUUUAGUAUAAUCGAGUUUAUAUAAACAUAAAAAUACAAACAAUUCUAUAUAAUAAUCAUAGUUUGUGUGUGUUAUAUCAUGGGUUUCGGUUUGUGAAUGAAUGUCAAUGAAUAUACUUCUUUUAUAUUGAACUAA